AUGGCGAACCCGUGGGCUACAGUCCGCCUCUCCUCUGUCCUGUCUCUGUCGUCCUGUUCCUCCGGUGAUAAGAGAAACCUCAUUCCCCAAGACCCUCCUGACCUUCAAGCCCAGCUUUCCCAGGUCCAAUACCCUCGUCUCUCCCCUUCCCUUCCCUCCUCUAACCGUUCAAAAGUUUCAGUCUCCUCGACUGACUCUGCUUCCUCCCUAUCCUCUUCUCCAACUGGCCAAAAGCGCUCUGCUGCUGGUCCUCUCUCAACUAAUGCUGCUACUAGUAGUAUUGAUACUGAAUGGAAUUGUCAGACUAAUAGAGCAAGUUCUCCCUCUCUACCAAACCUUAACCCUAUCCUUCCCCUUCCAUCAUCUGCGACUACGAGCUCCCCUGAGCUUGAGGCUCCUUCUCAAACCCUUGUCCUCUCUGACCCUAUCCCCUCCUCCUCAUCCCCUCCUCCGGCCGUUAACCCUACUACCUCCUUACCAAAACCUACCCUUGUAGAAAAAUCCGAAGAUUUGAGGAUAAGUCUCUUCAAAGACUUGCUCAUGUAA